CGAAUCCACCUGCUCACAGACGGAACCAGCGGACCUUGCAGUGUCACCACGGCAACUCCUCCCUCCAGAUGCAGCAUCAUCAGCAUCACAGCCUGCAGGAGAGCAGCGCCGCCACCUGCCUCAAUAUUCCGCCCGCCUGCGCUCCGCGUCGGAAGUGAGUAUCCGGGGAGAGGACGGUGACCGCAGUGAGGAGACACGCAGCCCGGCUCCUCCUCCGCCGACACACCGGACAGCGGGCUCCCGGAACCGAACCUGCCGCGGUGGACGAUUUCUCGCCUUUUCUGAAGCCAAGACUAUGAAGACAUUAUUUGGGAAACCAGAUCCCGGAAAGAACCAGGAAUCGUCUCAUUCAUUUUGAAGCUGAAGGAACCAACAUGCAGAGUGCUCGAUCAAAUCUGGUCUUCUAACAGUGACUGAGCUUGAGGACCCUCUAGAGCUGAAAGAUGGGCUCACAACAACCCAGUCAAGAUGCGUCAGAACAUCGCCCCCUGGUGGGUGCCGCUCACAAGGCGCGGGGAUGCCGCUACCUGCGGAAAAAGCUGCGACCUGUCCGGAUCUUCGGGUUGGUCAUUAGCCUGGUAGCCAUAAGUGCUGUCUCCUUCAGUGCCUUCACCUGGAGGUCCAUGGUUCUUGGUGAGCCAGAGCUCCCUCAGGAAGGCCUCCUGCAGUCUGCCCCCCACAGGACUCUGCUCUUUAUACGGGACAAUGUUUCAGAUGACACACCUGUUGCCAUGAAGUCCACAGCUGAUAUGAACAGCAGCCAGGGGGAUUACCCCCGAGACCUCUUUGAUCUGGCGCAGAGACGCCAAGGUGCAGUGGUCCUUCACAUGUUUGGCAUGAUCUACAUGUUCAUUGCCUUAGCCAUCGUGUGCGACGAGUUCUUCGUCCCCGCACUCACUGUCAUUACAGAGAAGUUGACCAUCUCAGAUGAUGUUGCGGGCGCAACAUUCAUGGCGGCCGGUGGCUCGGCCCCAGAGCUCUUCACUUCCAUCAUCGGGGUCUUCAUCUCACACAGUAACGUAGGCAUCGGGACCAUCGUGGGCUCGGCCGUCUUCAACAUCUUGUUUGUCAUAGGGAUGUGUGCCAUCUUCUCUAAGGAGAUCCUCAACCUGACAUGGUGGCCUCUGUUCCGUGACGUAUCCUUCUACAUCCUGGAUCUGAUCCUCCUCAUCAUCUUCUUCCUAGAUAACUUCAUCUCUGUGUGGGAAAGUAUCACACUCCUGUCAGGAUACGCUGCUUAUGUCAUUUUCAUGAAGUUUAACAGCAAAGUGGAGGGCUUUGUUAAAGACUGCAUGAACAAGAACCAGGUGGUGGAGGUGGAAGUUCAGCCCAAGGAUGAGAAGAUAAGUCCUGUGACUCCGGACGAUGACGGAAAGUUGUCGACCAGGCCCCGGCUGCAGAGGGGUGGGAGUUCCGCCUCCCUUCACAACAGCCUGAUGAGGAACAGCAUCUUUCAGUUGAUGAUUCACACAUUGGACCCUUUAAGUGAAGAAUUUGCUGACUCUGAGCUUGGGACUUAUGGGAAACUAAAAUAUUAUCACUCAAUGACUGAGGAAGGUAAAUUCCGCGAGAAGGCGUCCAUCCUUCAUAAGAUCGCCAAGAAGAAAUGCCAGGUGGAGGACAGCGAGAAGGCCAACGGAGUAGCCAGCCGUUCAGACAAGAACCUUCCGAACAGCUCCAGCGUCGAGGUGGAGGUGACUCCGCCCAUGAAUGGAACAGCAGGGCAGGACGGCGAGGCGGCUGAAGACGAGGAGGAGGAGGACCAGCCUCUGAGCCUGUCCUGGCCCGAGUCCCAUCGCAAGCGCUUCACUUACCUCCUCAUCAUGCCCAUCGUCCUCCCACUCUGGCUUACCCUGCCUGAUGUCCGGAAACAGACGUCCAAGAAGUUCUUCCCCAUCACGUUCGUUGGCGCCAUCUGCUGGAUCGCAGGCUUCUCCUACCUGAUGGUGUGGUGGGCUCAUCAGGUUGGAGAGACCAUCGGGAUUACUGAGGAGAUUAUGGGUCUGACUAUAUUAGCAGCUGGAACCUCCAUCCCUGACCUCAUCACCAGUGUUAUUGUGGCACGGAAGGGGCUGGGAGACAUGGCUGUGUCCAGCUCAGUGGGCUCCAACAUCUUUGACAUCACUGUUGGACUGCCCUUCCCGUGGCUUCUGUGGUCUCUGUUUCGCGGUCUGAGACCAGUCCAAGUCAGCUCCAAUGGUCUCUUCUGUGCCAUCGUGCUCCUCUUCCUCAUGCUCCUCUUCGUCAUCAUCUCCAUUGCUGCCUGCAAGUGGCGCAUGAGCAAACUUUUGGGCUUCAUCAUGUUCCUGCUGUACUUUGUCUUCCUGGUAGUCAGCGUCAUGCUGGAGGACAAGGUCAUUUCAUGUCCAGUGUCUGUCUGAGGACCUUCCAGGACAGAGCGCCUCUCACCCCAUGACCAUCCUUCUCGUCCGACAUUGCUCUCGCCUGACCAUUCUGGCCCUUUUCCUUUACAACCAACCAGAAGAAAAAGAGGUCGCGGCUUCCUUCACGAUCUGGGAGUCAUGGAGAGUUCAGGAGGAGGAGGACGUUGUCUGGCAAAGUGGGGUUUGGUGGAUUUCCAGCUAGCUAGUGGUUGAAUUUAGCCAACUAGACAAACAUUAUGCAUUUCAGCAGUUUCAGGACCUGAAUUCGAGACCCCACAAACUAGUGGGAGCAUGUUGUAACUGUGAGUGAGUCCAGGCGGCUCCACUGAGAGACGUAGCAAACUGAACGACGAGGUAUGCCUUCCUCAUCUUUGCCACUUUGAACUGCCAGUGUUUGUCUCCCUUUCUCCCCCUCAUCCGAAUUUAACCCCCCACGAUGACCAUUUUCUUUAGGUUGUUGACACAUUGGACUGGAAGUAGCAUUAAACGCUCAGUAGCAGUUGAAUCCUCACAACAAUCGGAUCCCUAAGUUUCACCAACGACACACUUGUACAGAACGUUAGCCAAGAAAAACUCAACGUUUAGCUUCUGGAAACGUAUGUUAGCCUUCAUUAGCCUCUUAGCAGAAAUACGCAUGACAAAUUUAGGCUCAUGAACAUCAAAGAGAAACAUUUGAACAAUAAUCUUAAAAAGGCUGACCUAGAUUAGUCGAUAUGUGUGUUUGUCCACAAACUCCCGGGAUUCAUUAUUACUGCUGCAUGGAAACUCGGUAUGAAUACUCCAAAACACAUCAUGAACAAACGUCUCCGCCACGGCGUCCAAACUUUCGCUUGCUCGGUGUGUCGCUAGAAAACGUGUAGAAUUCAUUUGAGGCCAAAGGUGCUUUUGUGUGCAUGUGAACGUUCAAGGUCAUCACACAAUUGACUAUUAUUAGAGGUUCCUGUAUUUUACAAAUAUUUGCAAAAAAAUAGAUAAAAAUAAAACACUUUUUUUUGUUUGUUUUUUUACCAGAAGACAUAAUCGCAUUAAACAGCAAUAUAGCGUGUGUUGUAGAACCAGCUUCUCUCCCCUGAAGAAAAGUGCAUUUUGACCAAUGCAAUAUCCCGACAUUCCCUGGAUAAGCAUUCCCGUUAGACAGAAACCCUCACGUUACCUCAGCACAUUGUACAGAAGCUUCGUAGAAGUCGAUUGUAAAAUAGUAGUACAUACAUUAGAGCUAAAGCUACUGCAUGAAUGGGCUGGUUACCCACCAACUGUACAGCCAAACACACUAUCAGUAAUAAUAUUCCUUUUAAUAGCCUCCAUCACAAGAACGUAUUUGUAGACUUUGUCAACGAUUGAAGUCCAAGAGCGGCAGGAAAUACAAAAAGCGUCUGAGAAGUAUUAGACACAAAGACACCAAGCUCUCUGUACGUACACUCGGGACACAGGUUAAAAGAGCGCUGACAGUGUUGCCCGAAUUAAUACUCGUGCCACCAACAGUGUUUAGUUCAUUUAUGGCCUCUAAAGAAUCUGUUCUAGAUCUGCUUUCUCCGCUCCAUCAUCUGGAAACCCGUCUUGAUCUCUUGAACUGCACCCAUAGCUUAAAAUGCUCAGUCCCUGCAGGACUAAUAAUAACAUAGAAAGUGGUUUUAAGCAACAAAAUAUGACUGUUUCAGUGGUACCACAGUCGAAUAGAGAUAUUAGCAAUCUAUACAGGAGCAAAAACUACAGUCACAGCUUCCAUUUACAAACCUCACAAAUGAGCAAUGAGAUUGUCAUGUGAUAUUAAAUCACUAUACUGCAUGUCCCGCCUCUGCCCAAAGUAGCUGGGAUAGGCUCCAACCCCGUGGCCCCCAUAAGGGUUGAAGAUGAAUUAAUGAACUUUUCACAGAAAGAGAGUACUUAGGUGCACAACCUCAACAUCGCAAAUAUUGACAUGAGGACGGAACACGUGGGAGGCCAAACAGAAAAGAUGUUUCCAGGACGCUCAGUUUAGAAAACCAAACUGAAACUGCACUAAAAUACACCUAUUUAUCAUCUCUCAACUCUUAGCAGAUACAUCUGCUAUCAUCAAAUAAAAACUGGCUCAGAUAUGUCACGUCCAUUUAUAUAUUUUUUUAACAUAAACACUGUUCAUGUCGGGCGCCUGACACACCUGGUUAAGUACAGGGUUGAGGACAGGCGGUGCAUUCAUGGUCUUCAGCAUUGGUAGGAAAAAUGAGUUAUGAAUAACUUUACGGAACAUUACGGUAAUGUGCCACUGGGUGGUUACCACCAUUUGAGUCUAGUAUUAACCGAAUGACACGCAUUAACCAAACGACAAAGCCGGUUGGUGUACAAAAAGUAAAGUAGUAGUGGUUUGUUUACUAGAUUUGUAAACACCAGAAUCGCAGCAACUUCACAUUUUUUAAUGCUCACUUUAUGACUUUGUAUUAUCACAGCCAAUUCAAAGACAUAUAAAUAAUAAAUCAAUUGUCUGUUUUACUUCUUUCUCAUCGUGACAAAAUUGCGUUUAAAAUGCGUUUAAAGGGACAUCUAGCGGCUAGAGGUGGUAAUAACAUGGUCACCGUUAUAAAACUACUUUCCAACCACACGGUUGAUUUUGAACACACUUCAGACGCAACCCUGAUAGAGUAGCAAAGACUAUUUCAGAACCCCACCCAACACUGCAAAAGCCCCGAGUGAGUAUGCAUUCCUGUGGUGUCGAGAGAAUAUGACUAAUACAGGGUGGAAACCAACAACCGCUGAAGAGAUGCACUGUAAAUGUUUUAUUUUCUUGGUGUUCAUGUAUGACUUCAAAGUGUACAUAAUAUACAGACACAGAUGACCCAUAUAAUCUAUGAGUGUAUAAGAAAUAUCUAUGUAAAAAAAACAAAGUAUUUAAAGAAACAAAUAAAGACGAUAACUCAAACAUGGAA